GAACGCCACAACAUUACCAAGACGCAAACGUAAUUGUAGGCGGCAAUCGGCAGGAUCUGAAGCACGACUCUCGUCGCGCAGCAUCGGGACGGCCCCGACAAAAAACUCAGAACUCAGACACCUAAUCAAAUACCUUCACUUUCGCUUUACUCUACUCUCCGCGCGAGUAUGCUUCGUCUUCUUGGCGGAUGUAAAUGAAAGUCGAGCUAUAGGCACAGCUAGGUCUACGUGAACGCUGGUGGGGAUGGGCAACUGCUGCCGCUCGCCGGCGGCGGUCGCCCGUGAGGACGUCAAGGCUGAUUUCCACGACCGCAAGCAAGGGGGAGGGAGUGGUGCCGGAGGCAAGGUCCAAAACGGAGGCGCUGGCGGCGCGAAACGGUUGACGGUACUCACGGACGGGAGCUUGGUCGCGAGAUCGGGCGGGAUCGAUGAGAAAUAGAUGAUCGAUGGGGAGUUGGGGCGAGGUGAGUUUGGGGUGACUUAUCUGUGCAUGAAUCGGGACACGCGCGAGCUUCUUGCCUGCAAGUCCAUCUCAAAGCGCAAGCUCCGGACCUCCGUCGAUGUCGAGGAUGUACGUCGCGAGGUUGCCAUCAUGCGGCACUUGCCCAGGAGCCCUAGUAUUGUCAGCCUCAGGGAGGCCUGUGAGGACGACAAUGCCGUGCAUUUGGUCAUGGAGUUGUGUGAGGGUGGGGAGCUCUUUGAUAGGAUCGUUGAGCGCGGGCACUACACGGAGAGGGCUGCGGCGGCUUUUACUAAAACGAUUAUGGAGGUUGUGCAGUUAUGCCAUCUGCACGGUGUCAUCCAUCGGGAUCUUAAGCCGGAGAAUUUCCUCUUUGCGAAUAAGAAGGAGAACUCCCCUCUCAAGGCCAUCGAUUUUGGGUU